AUAGGUGUAUUUUUAUUGAGUAGUAAAGCUGGUGGAGUAGGCUUGAAUCUGAUUGGUGCAUCUCGUCUCGUACUUUACGAUAUAGAUUGGAAUCCAGCCAAUGAUCUUCAGGCGAUGGCUCGAGUAUGGAGAGAUGGACAGAAAAAAAAAGUUCACAUUUACAGAUUGUUAACUACAGUGAGUAGAUGA